UCAAAGUUGACCGGAAGAGUCACAACUUCUAAUUCUUGUCACCUAUUUAUCGUACGUUGCGCAUCGCUCCGACGGCAUAAAUAGGGGAAGAAUACCCUCCAUUUGAGUCCAAAAUACCUCAAUUCCUUUCCAAAACUACUCACACGACCACACCAUGUCUGAAGCUCCCGUUGAUCCAGCUCAAGCUUCGGGCGCUGUCCCGCCGGCUGAUGGAGAAUCUCCCGCCCAGUCCAAGAAGGGCGCGAAGAAGGCCGAGGCCAAGGCUAAGAAAGAAGCCGAGAAGGCACGCAAAGCUGCUGAAAGGGAAGCUGCUGCCGCCGCCCAGAAGGCUGCUUCUGGCGGAAACGAAGAUCUUGCUAAGGAUAACUACGGCGACAUUCACCAUACCAUAAAAGUCGCUGCCGAAAAAGUACAACUAAAGCACCUAGGCGAGGAACAUGUUGGGAAAACAGUGAAGGUGCGAGCCUGGAUUCAAAAUGCCCGUAUGCAAGGUGCCAAGAUGGCGUUCGUCGAGUUGCGAGAAGAGCGAAACUGGACUAUCCAGGGCGUGGUCUCUGCCAGCGCCGAGGGAGAGCCGGUUAGCAAACAGAUGGUUAAAUGGGUUGGUGCUUUGCGACUGGAGAGUUUCGUUCUCGUCGAAGCCACCGUCCAGAAACCUCUAGAGCCCGUCAAGAGCUGCCGCGUUAGCGACUACGAACUUCACCCAACCAAGGUCUAUCUGAUUGCCCCUGGCCCUGAAGUUCUUCCUCUAGGCCUCAAUGCCUCGAACCGUGCUAUCGCCAGUUUCGACGAUGAGGACCCUCAAGCACCCGCAGCAGCACCCGCUGAGGGCGUCGAGAACCUCUCUAUUACCGACUCAGCUGCCGCGCCCUCGGCAAGCUUGUCCACGCAUCUUAAUAACCCGGCUAUGCACAAGCGGGCACCCGUACAGCAGGCGAUCGCCGAUGUCCGGAUGACAGUACGGAAACUCUUUAGCGAAUAUCUCGAGUCGAAAGACUUCGUCCAGUUUGAACCUCCCUGUCUGAUCGGAGCCGCUUCUGAAGGUGGCGCAAACGUCUUCUCUCUACCUUACUUCGACAAACAGGCAUUCUUGGCACAAUCUCCUCAAUUUUACAAACAGUUCGAGAUUGCUGGUGGCCGGAAGCGCGUCUACUGUAUCGGACCCGUAUUCAGAGCGGAGAACAGCAACACACCAAGACACAUGACCGAGUUCACCGGUCUCGAUCUAGAAAUGGAAAUCGAGGACCACUACCACGAGGUCCUGCACAUGAUCGAAGGAGUCAUGCUGUACAUCUUCCGCGGUCUACAAGAGCGCUGCAAAGACCAAAUCGACCUUAUCCGCGCCAUCUACCCCUCCGACGAAUUCUUGCUCCCCGAGCCCGGCAAGGAGGUCCGCCUCACCUUCGCCGAAGGCCAAAAACUACUGCGGGAGGAAGGGCCCGAGGAGUUCCGCAACGUCUCGGACGACGAGGACAUGAGCACGCCCCAAGAGAAGGCGCUCGGCGCCCUCGUGCGCAAGAAGUUCGGCACGGACUUUUAUGUCCUGGACAAGUUCCCCGAGAGUGCUCGCCCCUUUUACACCAUUGAGGACCCGGAGAACCCGAAGGUGACUAACGCCUACGACUUCUUCAUGCGCGGCCAGGAGAUUCUAUCCGGCGGUCAGCGUAUCCACCUGCCCGACUUACUGGAAGCGCGCUUGCGCAAGAAGGGCAUCGACCCCAAGAGCCAAGGUAUCAAGGAUUACGUCGACGUGUUCAGAUCCGCGGGCGUGCCGCCGCACGGCGGAGGCGGUAUCGGUUUGGACCGUGUGGUUGCGUGGUACUUGAAUCUGCCCAGCGUGCAUCUUGCUAGUUAUUACCCCCGUACGCCGAAGAGGUUGACGCCUUAGAGAGUUGAUAGAGGUAAUAGAGAUAGUAGCAUUUUUUUCUUUUCAAGAAGUAAAAAAAGAAAGAGGAGGCAAAGCCGUUUUUACGGAGCCCACGUCUGGCUUCGAGAGAACGGGAGGAAAGGGGAAAUGGGAUAAGAUGGGGAUCAAAUGUCGUACGUACGAUAGAGAUAUAGAUGAUGCUCGAUAAGAGAUGAAGAAUAAAAGAAAGUUCUAGUAUUGGCUGACGAUUUCACGUCUUGUGAUGAGAUAUGAAGGAUAGCUGAAUAUGAAUUGGAAAGUCGCUGGUACGACACUAUUAGAAG